AUGAUCAUCAAUCCACGCUUUUUUAAUCCUACUGAAAUAUUUUCAUCGAUUGUUAUCCUGCAAAUUAAAAAAGACACAACGAGGCGGAUUUUUUUGAUCAGAAAUGGUGAACCUGCUGACUUUGGUGGAUUGCGUAAUAAUGGUGCAUUCCUGAAUUAUAAUAAACUUGCAAAGAUGGAUAUAAAUCAAGCAAUAAUGACUGUUAAGCGAUCUGGUGGUUUUGAAAAUCAUGUUCAUGAUCCACCAUUAACACAAAUUGGACGUGGUAGUGCUGAACUUGUUGGUCGUUGUUUAUCUGAAAAAAGCUUCCAUAUUCAUACCAUUUACACUUCACCUUCACUUAGAUGCUUACAGACAGCAAUUGCUAUCAUAUCGGCGUUAAAUUAUCGUAAACCACUUAGAUUGUGUAUCGAACCUGCUCUCUACGAACCACUUAGUUUUAUUGGAAAGGUACCAGAAUUUCUUAGCUCAAAAGAUCUUCAAGCAAAUGGUUAUGUUUGUGACGAGCAUUAUAUACCAGUCAUGUCAAUUAACGAUCUUAAAUCUUCACUUCAAUGGGAACUAAGGCCCAGUGAUAUACAAAUGAGGAUUGAAAAAGUGGUAAAUAGAAUAUUAUCUGGACAAAAGCAAGAAGGCGGUAUAUUGAUCGUAUCUCAUGCACCAAUGCUCGAUGCCUUAUACAGGAUGAUAACAAAUCGUACUGAUAUGCCACGAACAAUAGGUGAUAUGCAACGUUUGAUAUGCUACUAUCCGCAUUGCUCGGUAACAAUUUUGCAAUACAAUCCGUUAAUAAAAGUAUGGGAAAAUCGACGUGAUAUUAUACCAUCGUUAUUAUAUUGGCAUAAUAAUUGUACAGCUAAUGUACCAAAUUUUGAUUAA